GGGCCCGGCGGCCUCCAGAGCGGCCAGACCAUCGCGCUGCCCGCGCAAGGUCUCAUCGAAUUCCGCGACGCGCUCGCCAAGCUCAUCGACGACUACGGAGGCGAGGACGACGAGCUGGCCGGAGGCCCAGGAGGCGGUGCCGGCGGCCCCGGGGGCGGCCUGUACGGGGAACUCCCGGAGGGCACCUCAAUUACGGUGGACUCCAAACGUUUCUUCUUCGAUGUGGGCUGCAACAAGUACGGAGUGUUUCUGCGCGUGAGCGAGGUGAAGCCGUCCUACCGCAAUGCCAUCACCGUGCCCUUCAAGGCCUGGGGCAAGUUUGGUGGCGCCUUCUGCCGGUAUGCGGAUGAGAUGAAAGAAAUCCAGGAGCGGCAGAGGGAUAAGCUUUACGAGCGUCGUGCUGGGGGCAGUGGCGGCGGUGAGGAGUCCGAAGGCGAGGAGGUGGAUGAGGAUUGAAACGGCAGCUUUCCCCACUGGCCUCCCCCACCCUGUUACCCGCGCCCCCCACCCCCCAUCCCCCUGGCUAGUUCCCAUUCUUGCUCAUUCCCCUGUGAGCUAGUGGAGAGGGAGCCCGGGAGGCCACCAAGGGAGAAAAAAAAAACCAACAAAAUUAAAAAAAAAUAAUAUAGUUAAGAGAAAUAACCAUAAGACAACAGUCUUGGACAGUGAGUAAAGCAGUAAAGUUCCAGAAAUUGACAGCAACCUGCAAAGAGAGGACAACAGCAUCUCCUCACCUGCAAGAGUCUCAGCUUCUAUUUCCCACCCGAGGUUCCUAAGCUCAUCUAGAUAAUCCUGAAGGGGAUAGAUUUCGAGUCUGGGCCCCUAAACACAUCUGACUUACCCAGAUCCAUCUGUGGAUAACAGUUGAAUUUGUGUUGUACCUGGGUAAAUCUAAAGUAUCUCUCCAGCUGCCGUUGCAGUGUCUAUCCUUCACCUUCAUUGUAAUCAGCCUUUUGGAUCGAGAUCUUCACGGAAAUUCUUGAGACAGAGAGACCUUUGCACUUACCCAGUCCUGAGAGUCCAGGUUUAUGAAAAGGAAUGCAACUUUACACAAUCAUGGACAAGGCAAAAAAGAAUUCAAGAAGCCAUCAGCGAAUCAAAACAAAUUGGAUUUUUUUUUUAAUGGUUUUGCAUGGAACCUGGCCCCAUGUCUUUUCUUUGCAGAAUUGUUUUCCGGGAUGCGAAAAUUCAAAAGCCAAUGCUUGAACUAGAGAAUUCAUUACUAAAAUGGUUUAAAAGUUGGGCAAAAGGAAUUUUUUUUUCAAAAAAUAAAAGCAGUUUUACAUUGGGGGUUGCUGAGGUAGGCACAAUAAGUCAGGCAUAAAGCACAAGGCGAACUCGUUGAGUGGAUGGGUUGCUGCUCACUAAAGUUCUUCCCUUGAUCUCUAAAGGUGGAGGUCAUUACCAAGAAGUGGCAUUGGUGUGAAUGAGAGCCAGAUCCCAUGGCUCUACCAUAUGAGCCAGUGAAUUAUGGCUAAUUUGGCUGUUACAGCCACUGGUUGGCUGCAUUUUAAACUGUAAAACUUGAUGAUUUUCUGAAAAAGGAACCGUGUGGCUACAAGCCUGAGCUUUAAUGGAAUAUGCAUCCUCACAGAGAAGUUGGAAAUAACUAAAACUGAAGUCUUAAUUCACCUUCAGUUUAAUCUGUGGAUUUGUUCAAAUACUAAAGAUCCUCAGGUUCAGAAUUCCAGCAUCAUUUAUUCUUUAAAACAAAUUUUUAAGAACUUGAUCCAUCUUAUUAGUACCUCACAAUCAAAGUUGGCAAAUGAUGGAUGAAUGAUUCAAGCAGUGCACCCGGUGGAAGCUGAAAUCCAUCUGUGAAUGGAACUGAUGUGAACGUGAAUAUGCUGACUAUAUCCUGGAAGCAUUUUUAUACCAUCUUGAAAUUGCAACAUACUGGCAUUGGCCAGUUUAUCCAGCUGUCUUUCAAGAAUAAAAGUUGGGGUUUUCAUGGAUCGCCUCUUCUAUAUUUUAAAUGGAUUUUCAGUAGAAAUGAUUUUUAUUAAUCAAGUUAAUCCCACCCCAUCAAAAGGUAUUUCUAGAAAUGUCACAGGCCUAGGAAACUUUGAAUUGAAUGGGAGCUAAUGUUCUAUCCAAAGUUUUCAGGUAUUCUUUGUGUGACACCUUCUCAACUAGGAGGCAAGUAACCCCACCUCCACAAUCUUAGUAUUUUUUUUUAACUGCAUGCCUGCCCUUUAUUUGAGCUGCCUUUUUAAUUUAUUGCAUAUCCUUUUUAUUAUCUUAUUUUGGUAUUCAAUCUAUACAAUCUUUUUGUAUUUAUUGGGAAAUAAGUAAUAUACAAAAAGGUCAUUUUCAUGUAUUUGUGGCUGAGAGGGAGGGAGAUACUUGUGUAUAUAAAAUUAGGCUUUUUUUUUUAAACUAGACUAUGAUUCAGAAUAAUGUUGAUCUUAGGUUCAAAGAAAUAGAAGAGCCACAAACAUUGGUGCCCUUUUCAGACUAUUUCUCUACUCACAUCAUUCAUAGUAGAAUUUUUAAACAUUUUUUAAAGCUUUUCUUUUCAAUUUUUCUCCGUUGCAAAGAAUGUUUCCUAAAUUGUAUGGGAGCAAUAGUAUUUUUGAUGUUUUAAUGACAUCCGUAUACUUGUACUGUAUUUUGUACCACAAGGCAGCUGUUUUCAAUAAUGUCCUGCUGUAUUUACCUAUGUGUUUUGAGUGUUUUGUUUCUUUGCUGCGGAGAACAAAUUCCUAGUUUUAGUAAAGGAGAUGAGAAGCUAGCAUUAGGCUUGCAGAAACUGCUUAAGUUUCAACUCUGAGGCAGCAAUGAAAAUUAAGGUUGCAGCUAUUAGUUGAUCGCUGUAACUUUUUCAUUUUCAAAUCAUGUACAAUUCCUGUAUAGACCAACUUGUUUUCUUGCUUCAGUGGUGAUUCUGUUGCUCAGCUGCAGUGAGCCAGUUCAAUUUUGCAAAGGUGCAGUACCUCUCCUUUUCAAGGGAGUGGUUUAUUAAUCUUUUUUCUUUUCUUUUUAUUUGGCUGAAUUGCAGUAACUAGCCUUGCCUUUCUAUUCUGUAGAAAUGACAGGGUCUUCACAAUCCUUUACCAGUGGCUACUAAGCUAUAAUUAGCUGAAUAGAAAGAAUGUGGAAGUGGUCUGAGGCGUAUAGAGUAUAUGCCAAGAACACUACCAUAUAUGGCAUCAGCUUUGGUUACCAGAGAAAUUUUCUUAGUCAUUAGACCAUAUAACAGUUAUAUAUCAUAUGUAAGUCUUUAGAUAUCAAUUUGAGAAUCCUCCAAAAAAAGGAGCAAAGAAUGCGUAAGCUAUGUGUUGGCAAAAGUAAUUUAUAUUAAAAUUUUGACCUGCCUGUGUAAGAUUAAGUGGUGAAUGUCCUAGUGGUGGGUUUUUAAGUCUUAAACCAAUCUCUGAGGUUUAUUUUUCCUGCAGGGGUGUUUCAUGGCCUCUCUUCCACUGUAGGAAGAUUGCAGAAGGAUGUGGAUUAAUUGUAGCAUUUCACUGAUCCUCAUUCCAGUGACUAGGGACAAUAGAAAUCUGCAGAGCAUGGAGAUUCAUUCAUUAAUACUAGCUUAUUAAAGGAAAUAGUCUUUGUUCCAGUUAGAUAAUGGCAUUAUACAAACUCUGGGAAGCAACUUUCUUGUUUUGUUUUUAGCUGCUUAUUACAAACGCUUUAGAAGUUGUUUUUAAAAUUUGGCAAACAUCCCAGCUAAUGAAAAUAGUUACAUUCCUUAGAAAUAGGGAACUAAAACUCCUUUUCAAAAAAUUGAGUUUUAUUUCAAACUAGCUACAGAGAUAAGCUUUUUUUUUUUUUUUUCCAAACAGUCAAAAGAGUCGGUCUCUGUGAAGAGAUGUUACUCUUUAGGUUUCUAUUGUCCCUUCUCAUCAUUUCAGCAAGUGAAAUGGCAAUUCUGGUGAGCAGAUCUUUCAGUGCAUAUGCUGCACCAAACAAAAUGUCAGUCUGUAUAGCACCAAAAAUCAAACUGAAAAGUAAACCAAAAACCCAAAUACCCUAUGGAACUGUUGGAGGCAUAUAGGUGGUACAACUGGCUGUAGCUGUGGUACACACAUGGCUACUUGUCAUGUCACUUUCCAUAAUUAUUUACUGCAGAAUGAUUGAGAGGCUUUUGGUGCAGGCAGCCAUUAACCUCCUGCUUCCUUUGUUACUCUGGGUCACUUUGCAGUAAAUUGCAGGUCUUUUAAGAGAUUCAAGCUUCGGUUUUCUCAAAACAAAACAAUUAUCUUGUCUUAUCUGAAAAUGCAGGGUUGUGGGCAAAAGAGGCUGGUUAUAAUAAUGCCCUCAUAUUGAGUGGUCUGUAAAUGGCUGCACACUUCAGGCACUGUAGUUGCCGAAGAUGCUUAAAUAUGACCUUGACUGGCUUUACAGGGGUGUAGAAUGUAAUCUACACAAGGUGACUGUGCAUCUACCUUGCUCUUGAGGUGGAUAAAAUUAAGAAGCUGGAGUGUGUAAGCCAUGCACAUAAGUAUUCUUCACUGUAAAUUUUGUUUUCAUUUUUAACCCAAUUAUGGUACUUUGUCCAAUGCACAACUGAUCUCUCAGUAGAUAUUCAUUUGAAAAUCGUGUGGCCUUGCUCAGUGAGAAGGGAGAGGAAAGAAGUGACUUUUUGCUUAUAUGAAAAUGACUUGUUUGCUGAGAGUUGUUCUAUAACACUCUAGGUAUGUUUUUGAUUGUAUCCUUUUUGAUUGGGAAAGUUAAUGUUUUGAUCCUGGAGCUAAUUCAAUUGAGUUUUCUAAGUAUCAGAAUUGCUCUGAUGAAUAACAAAGUUGACAGCUUUGAUGUCCAAUCUCAGGUUUUUUAAAAUAUAGUGGAGUGAAAUCCCCACUAUUAUGAAUUCUUUAAAUCAAUAUUAAUUUAGGACACCUUAAAAGUCUUGUGCAUAAGUAAGGCCUGUUCAGAGAGCAGACCUUUUUGCUCCUUUUCCACAAUUGUACGUCACUUGAAAAAGUGUCAAGUGAUUUUUGCAUUGUAUAUUUCCAUUUUAUCCCUGACAUAUUUCUCAAAGAUAAAGCACUUUUUGAUCAUGAAAUGCAUAGGAUCUUUGUGUGAUGUGGAUCAUGGUUUCUCAGGCUCCCCUAGAUAUUCUGUUUAUGAAUAUUAUUCUAACUUUAUGUCAGGAGAGUAGAAAUCUUUGCUAACGUUAGAAAGUUUGUAUUGUUGAUUCAGAAUACAUUUUGCUAGUUUCCAAUGGAUGGGAGAGUAAAAAAUGCUGCAUUCACAAUUUAAUAAGUUACUUUCCCUUAAGCCUUAAGGUAACUUUUUCUUUUCUGUCAACAACAGCACUGAAGUUACAGUAAAUGAAUGAGAUUAUCAGUUUUCAGGGUUGUUUUUAGAGUACUGUAAAUCAAUUAGCUGUCUUCCGAAAGAGUUACAAUUCCCAUUCAAUAUACUGGAUAAUGGGUGUAAGGGUGGGGGUAGGGCAGGGUGGGGGGGAGAUAGUUUGUAGAAAAGAAAAAAGAAAAAAAGAACCAUGUUUACCUUAAAAUACAGACAAGAAAAAAGUCCAUAUGUCCCAUUUGAAAUUCCAUACGCAAGGUGGAAAUGACAAAUUACAGCCUCAUUUCCUCUGCUUUUAAUUUAGAAAAAAAAGUAUUCAUUUUUAAUAUUAGCUUCAGAAGUUUCUUGAGAUAACUGGACUCUUGAGUAGCAAUUUCCAUUAACAUAUCUGACUUGACUGUGUAAGUCAUCCUCAGACCUUAUUCUUAAAACCUAGUUUCAUUACUGGAACAUGUGCAAUCCACUUUUCAGUACUGAAAGUUAAAUUCAGAAAAUAGAAAAAUAAAAUUGCAUCAGCAUUGUAAAGAUUUCUUGUCCUGGGGAUUCCCAAUUGCAAUGUGUCCCCCUGAAUCAAGCAAGGCCUUUGUGAAUGCCUUUUGUAUUUCCUAAUGCAGUAUGGAAUAUGCUGUCCACUUCUGUUCACAGUCUUAACUCUCGUUUGAGAAUCUAACUCAUGCCUUCUUGGAAUUAGACAUUCCAAUUGGGACAGAUAGAACCAUGUUAAAACGAGCAGAUGCCAUAUUGUUAGCUUUACCACAGUAAACUAGUAAAAGGGAGAGCACAACUUUAUUAGAAGCUAAGCUAGCAUGAUAGUGAAAGUUUUUAACUCAACUUUUCUAAUAGAUUUUUGAAUCUGGGAGCAAUUUUUAUUUUCCCCAUGCUAUAUCUGCUCUCCACUGACAGAUAAGAGAGGGCACACAGUGAAAUGAAGGUCCAGAGUUGUGAAGAGAAAGUGAUAGAUACAUGACGUGGCCACUAGCAUUUUGCAGAAGGCAUGAGUUUGUUCUUUUUUCCUACGUUCAGCAUCUCUUCAAUGGCUAACUUUUUCAAGACUCACUGAGACCAUCUCUUAAAGGCAAAAUGUUUUGUCCUGUGUUGCAGGAUCAGGCUGGUCAGAAAAAUCUGUGCUUGGAAAUAGAAGGGCAAGUGGAUUGUUUCUUCCCUUUUAACAUUUCUUCUUGGGAGAAAAAAGUACAAGAGACUCAAAGAAAAUGAAAGAACAGGAUUUUAUCACUAAACACAUUUGGAGGUUUUGUUUUAAAUUGAUAAUAAGCAUAAAUCCUUUUCUUCUACCAUGUCACUCUUCUGUGUAAAAAAGCUCUCUGGAGCUGGGCAUGGUGGAACAUGCCUGUAAUCCCAGGUAUUUGGGAGACAGAGAUAGAUCGUGGCCCAAGGCCGGCCCUGGGCAAUAAACAAAAGACCCUAUCUGAAAAA